GAUAUAAAUCUUUUUAUUAAUACCUUUAAUAAAAUCAAUGUGAAAGAAUGAUUUUUAAAUCUCUUCUAUAAAUUUAUAGUAAAUAAUAAAACGUAAACAGCUGAUUAGAUAUCUUAUAUAAGAUUAAAUGACGCGCAAAAUUUCAUAAGCGUAGGAUUAUUAUUAAUGCGAACCAUAAUUGUAAGUUUUCUAAAGAUAAAAACAAUUAUGUUUUACCUGUAAUAGUUGUCGUUUAUAUGUUAAUAUCAAUAUGCGCAAAAACGUUCCAUCGUGGUUUUAUAAUAUUUCGUCAAAUUCAAGAUGCAGUAGAAUAUCUUCUUAUGCAGGCGUGUCAUAUCGAGAAUACCGUCGAUUAUCUCCUAAAGGUCACGUUGAUGAUGGAAAAAUUGAUUUAAAAACUGUCAUACUUGAAAAAUAGAAGAAGAAGCUGGAUUCUAAAUUAAGGAGUUCUAAAUUAAGUCCGUUCAUUACCCUCGCCCUUUACCCCGAUUUUCUUUAUAAUUUAGAAGCCAUUAAUGAGAAUAGGCGUGAUUCCUUAACUAUUUCGAUGAACAAGAUCUCAUUUUAAAGGCGUAGGUUUAAUCUAUCAUAUAUUGUUAUCGAAUUUUUAAAAAAGCUUUUUAUUCGUGCAUAAAAUAUUCUUCAAAAAUAUUAUCUUUCAACAUGAUUUUUUUUCAAAGAAAAUAAAGCUUUUUCAAAAAUUCGAGAACUAUAUACGAUAGAUUAAGCCUUCGUCUUUAAAAUGAUAUCCUGUUGAUCAAAAUUGAUCAAGAAUUAUGCCUGUUUUUAUUGUUGGCGUAAAUCCUAUUUUCGACAUUUUUCGCGAAGAAAAAGUUUAGUACUGUGGCGCCCCUCGACAUUUGCGUAGCGAUUGCUUACUUAUUUGCAUGAUGGGUAAAUAGCUGAUGUUUAGAACUUAUGAACAUUCUAAAUCCAAAGAAAUACGUUUCACGAUACUCGCAUGGAGAAGCUACGAUAAUUUACUCUCUUAACGUAUAAUCAUACAAAUUUCAUUUAUUAAAUUAUUCUACGAACCAAUAAUACGAAGGACAGUGUAAUAUAUAUAUAUAUAUAUAAAUUAAAUUAAAUAAAAAAUGAGGCAUGUUGAAUAAAUACAUGACAUACACAUAGUACGACAUGAUGAACAACAUGAUAUAAAAUGCAUCUGUCACAGAGACUUCAUCAUUAGAAAAUUAGAUCUCAGAAUACGUUAUAUCUGUGAUAAUUGUCGUUUAUACUAAUAUCAAUAUGUCUGUGCAAAAACGUGCCUGUGGUUUUAUUAUAUUUCGUCGAAUUCAAGAUACAAUAGAAUAUCUUCUUAUGCAGGCAUCAUACGGGGAGCACCAUUGGUCACCUCCUAAAGGUCACGUCGAUGAGGGAGAAACUGAUUUUGAAACUGCUUUACGUGAAACAGAAGAAGAAGCUGGAUUUGUAAAAAAUGAUAUAAAAAUUUUUCAAGAUGCCAAAGUAGAAUUAAAUUAUAAUGUUAAUGGUAUUCCUAAAACUGUCAUAUAUUGGUUGGCAGAACUUAUAAAUCCUAAUCAGCCUGUCAGAAUGUCUAGCGAACAUCAAGCAUAUAAAUGGUUAGGUUAUCAGGAAGCUUGUAAUCUUGCAAAAUAUGCGGAUAUGCAAAGUGCUCUGACACAGGUUAAUGAAUAUAUAAAUAAAAAUAUAAAAAAGAAAUAAUAUAUAAUAUAAUUAAAAGUAUUUCUUUAUAAAAUAAAGUAUUUCUAAAUACUUACGCAAUAAAAGUAAAAUAUAAAUAUUGUGAGAU